UGUCUGUUAUGUACGCUGCUGCUGUGCUUGCGUAGUAUGUGCGUACCUCAAUAUAUAACGCGGCUGCAGAUUGCCCGAAUUGUACACAUACACAUUACUCUGCAGCAGCAGCAGCGGUAGCGGUAGCAAUCCGUUUUGGGCUGAGCAACAAAAAAAUAGGUUUUUGGCGACCCGCCAGCAAGUGCUUGCUUGCUAUAAAGCAUGAUCGGCAUGAACAGCUUUGUAUUCCUCCCUCUUUUUCCUUUUCCUUGUCUCUAUUAAAAACAAAAACAAGCCAAACAUGUCGCAGCAACAACAACAACAACAACAAAAGUCUUUUCGACACAAGCUACAAAAUCCCAGUCCAUAUCAUCUUCAACAGCAGCAGCAGCGUCAUUCUAUACCUCACCCAUUAUCAUUCUACGAACACCCACACGAUGAUCCCAGCAUGGCGUCAUCGCCACUUGACCCUAAUAGCGACGAGUUCUCACAGUCAUUCAUUUCGCCAACGAUGAAUGCACCUUUGGACGAUUUAGAUGAUUUGGACUACCAAACCGGAAUGAGCACUUUCCGUCAACCUUAUCGGAUUCCAGGAGCAGGGGAAGGAGGAAGAGGACUUAUGACGCAACAACAACAACAACAACAUUCGCCCUCGAGUUUCUCUUAUGCAGACGACCCAUGGUUCGGCUCCCCUCCCACAUAUUCAGAGCUACCGAUCGAUAUGCCGCCUCAUCCUUCUUCUUCUUCUUCCUCUCAUCACCACAACCACCCAGCACCUCCUGGAGCAGCAGCCAUGUCAGCACCCGCCAACAUUGACUACAACUUUGGCAGCUCUCCGCAUUACCGUGACCCUUCAGCAGCAGCAGCGGCGGCGGCAGCAGCAGCAGCAGCACCAGCACAUCCACAACACCAGCAUUUACAGCAUUCGCCGGACCAGCAGGGUGCUACGGCCAAGAGUUUUGAAGAAGAUUACACCAUGCAAAUGAAGUAUAUACCAUUUUUGGGGCUUUGGGGGGACAUUGUCUAGCUUCUGAUACAAGCGUUGUACACAUACUCAUACUCUUUUCUCUGAAUACACAUGAAAAGCCUACAAAUGAUUAUGGAUAAACGACGACGUCGACGAGAGUCGCAUAACGCAGGUAUGAUCUUUAUGAUAAUUACAGAAACCUUGUUAGGACCUGUUUCAAUCUGUAUUGUUUUUUUUUUCUCACGAAAUGUUAAAAUGCGUAUCGUUUUCCUUUUUUACAGUGGAGCGCCGACGACGAGAU